GGUCGAGUGUGUGGAUGGGUGGAUCGGUGUUGGAUCGUAAUUUGGUGGUAUUUUAGUGUACCGGACCGGAGACUUUUAUGCGAGUUGCGUGGCGGAACGGUGCCGCGGGGUAUCCUUACGCGAGGGUGCACCCUUUUUAAGGGUUCGGCAGAAGUGAGCUGUUGGUCUGAUUGACAAAAUGACGACCGACAUCUCGGUGGUGCGCGGGGGUUGGGACCCCACGCUUCAACAAGAGAUUGUCGACGAGUACGAAUACGACGGAGGAAACUCGAGUUCGAGACUUUUCGAACGCUCACGUAUCAAGGCGCUAGCUGGUGAGCGUGAAUUAGUGCAAAAGAAGACUUUCCAGAAAUGGGUCAACUCUCACUUAGUCCGAUGUUCGUGCCGAAUCGGCGAUUUAUACGUCGAUCUGCGAGAUGGCAAGAUGUUGAUAAGGCUGUUAGAGAUCUUAUCGGGUGAACGUUUGCCACGUCCUACCAAAGGCAAGAUGCGCAUCCAUUGCCUGGAGAAUGUGGAGAAGGCGCUGCAAUUCCUGCGUGAGCAGAGGGUACAUUUGGAGAAUAUGGGAUCCCACGAUAUUGUCGACGGGAAUCCACGUCUGAGCCUGGGUCUCAUUUGGACGAUAAUCUUGCGAUUCCAGAUUCAAGAUAUUACGAUCGAAGAGACGGAUAAUCAGGAGACCAAGUCCGCCAAGGACGCAUUAUUAUUAUGGUGUCAGAUGAAGACCGCGGGUUAUCAUAAUGUAAACGUAAGAAAUUUCACGACAUCGUGGCGAGACGGUUUGGCGUUCAAUGCGAUCAUACAUAAGCACCGUCCAGAUCUGAUCCAGUUCGAAAAACUUUCCAAAUCGAACGCGAUCUAUAAUCUCAAUAAUGCCUUCAACGUUGCGGAGGACAAACUCGGUCUCACGAAACUACUGGAUGCCGAGGAUAUCUUCGUCGAUCAUCCGGACGAAAAGUCCAUCAUAACUUACGUCGUUACGUAUUAUCAUUAUUUCUCAAAGAUGAAACAGGAGACUGUGCAAGGUAAGAGAAUUGGCAAAGUGGUCGGUAUCGCAAUGGAGAACGAUCGUAUGAUACACGAAUACGAGAGCCUCACCAGCGAUUUACUGCGCUGGAUCGAGGCCACGAUAGAAGCACUUGGUGAUCGCAGGUUUGCGAAUUCCUUAGUCGGCGUCCAAUCACAACUUUCGCAAUUCUCGAAUUAUCGCACAGUAGAGAAACCACCCAAAUUUGUAGAAAAGGGUAAUCUCGAAGUAUUAUUGUUUACUCUACAAUCGAAGAUGCGCGCAAACAAUCAGAAGCCCUAUACGCCCAAAGAGGGUAAAAUGAUAUCCGAUAUCAAUAAGGCAUGGGAGAGAUUGGAGAAGGCUGAACACGAACGAGAAUUGGCUUUGCGCGAGGAAUUGAUUCGACAAGAAAAGUUGGAGCAGUUGGCAGCUAGAUUUAACCGAAAAGCUAGCAUGCGCGAGACAUGGUUGUCAGAGAAUCAGCGGUUAGUGUCGCAAGAUAACUUCGGCUUUGAUCUCGCUGCCGUAGAAGCUGCUGCAAAGAAGCACGAAGCUAUCGAGACUGACAUUUUUGCCUACGAAGAACGUGUACAAGCCGUCAUGGCGGUUUCACAAGAGCUUGAGGCGGAGAACUAUCACGACAUUGAGCGUAUCAAUGCUCGCAAGGACAACGUGCUACGAUUAUGGAACUAUCUUCUGGAAUUGCUGCGUGCUAGGCGAAUGCGGUUAGAACUUUCCUUGCAGCUACAGCAGAACUUCCAGGAGAUGUUGUACAUACUGGACAGCAUGGAGGAAAUCAAGAUGCGACUACUGACGGACGAUUACGGCAAACAUUUGAUGGGCGUGGAGGAUCUGUUGCAAAAGCACUCUCUCGUCGAAGCGGAUAUCAAUGUGCUCGGCGAGAGAGUCAAGGCUGUUGUUCAACAGAGUCAGAGAUUCCUAGAGCAUGGAGAAGGCUAUCGACCAUGCGAUCCGGCCAUUAUCGUCGAGCGCGUGCAACAAUUGGAGAACGCGUACGCCGAGUUGGUGCGGUUAGCGAUCGAGCGUCGUACCAGGCUCGAGGAAUCUCGGAAACUCUGGCAAUUCUAUUGGGAUAUGGCUGAUGAGGAGAAUUGGAUAAAGGAGAAGGAACAGAUCGUAUCCACGGGUGACAUUGGUCACGACUUGACUACCAUUAAUCUGCUGCUGUCCAAGCACAAAGCAUUGGAAAACGAGAUACAAUCACACGAACCGCAGUUGAUGUCAGUUGCAGCAGUUGGUGACGAGCUAGUUCGGCAACAACACUUUGGCUCCGAUCGUAUUCAGGAGAGACUUCAGGAAAUUCUCGCUAUGUGGAAUCAUUUGUUGGAUCUGGCGGCUUUCAGGAGAAAGCGACUUGUAGAAGCUGUCGACUAUCACCAACUUUUCGCAGACGCGGACGACAUUGACAUCUGGAUGUUGGAUACUUUGCGACUCGUUUCGUCAGAGGAUGUCGGCAGAGACGAGGCAAAUGUGCAAUCGUUGUUGAAGAAACACAAAGAUGUAACAGAUGAGCUUAAAAAUUAUGCCACUACUAUCGAUCAACUUCAUCAGCAGGCAUCAACGUUGGGUGAACAGGACGCAAAAUCGCCAGAAGUCCUAGAAAGACUGACUUCAAUAGAUAACAGGUACAAAGAACUCCUCGAGUUAGCCAAGUUGCGUAAGCAGAGACUGCUAGACGCUCUGUCAUUGUACAAGGUAUUCAGCGAGACCGACGGAGUCGAACAAUGGAUCGGCGAAAAGAAUAGAAUGCUGGAUACGAUGGUGCCUGCCAAGGAUAUUGAAGAUGUUGAGAUUAUGAAACAUCGCUAUAACGGCUUUGAAAAAGAAAUGAAUGCAAAUGCAUCCCGCGUCGCCGUGGUUAAUCAAUUGGCCAGACAAUUACUGCAUGUCGAACAUCCGAACUCGGAACAGAUAAUCGCGCGACAAAACGAACUGAACCAGAAGUGGGCCGAGCUGCGCGAGAAGGCGGAGGGCAAACGCGAGGAAUUGAACUCUGCACAUGGUGUGCAGACGUUCCAUAUCGAGUGUCGCGAGACUGUGUCCUGGAUCGAAGACAAAAAACGAAUUCUGCAGCAGACCGAUAGUUUGGAAAUGGAUUUGACUGGCGUAAUGACGUUGCAACGUAGACUGAGCGGUAUGGAGCGCGAUUUGGCGGCUAUUCAAGCCAAAUUAGACGCCUUGGAGAAGGAGGCGGAAGUCAUACAGAAGGAACAUCCGGAGGAGGCUGCGGUGAUACGCGAGAGAAUUGCGCAGAUUCAUCUGAUUUGGGAACAGCUGACGCAAAUGUUGAAAGAGCGCGAUGCCAAGCUCGAGGAGGCAGGAGAUUUGCACCGGUUCUUACGCGACCUCGAUCAUUUCCAGGCGUGGCUCACGAAAACGCAGACCGACGUUGCCAGCGAGGAUACGCCGACCAGUCUUGCCGAUGCCGAGAAACUGCUUACACAGCAUCAGAACAUUAAGGAAGAGAUUGACAAUUACACUGAUGACUACCAAAAGAUGAUGGAAUAUGGCGAGCGAUUAACGACAGAGGCUGGUGAUGGUGACACGCAGUACAUGUUCCUGCGUGAGAGACUAAACGCGUUGAAGAUGGGCUGGGAGGAAUUGCAUCAGAUGUGGGUGAAUCGUCAGAACUUACUAUCCAACUCCUUGAAUUUACAAGUAUUCGAUCGAGAUGCGCGUCAAGCAGAGGUACUCUUAUCACAACAGGAACACAUUCUUGCCAAGGAUGAAACGCCGGCAAAUUUCGAACAAGCGGAACAUAUGAUUAAACGACACGAGGCUUUUAUGACUACCAUGGAUGCCAACGAUGAGAAAAUCAACUCGGUUGUACAGUUUGCCGGACGUUUGGUCGAUGAAGGACACUUUGCGGCCGAUAAGGUGAAGAAGAAGGCCGAAAACAUCAACGAGCGUCGACGAAUUAAUCGCGAGAAGGCGAAUCUACUUAUGGAGAAACUCAAGGAUCAGCUUCAGUUACAGAUGUUCCUACAAGAUUGUGAGGAACUCGGUGAAUGGGUACAGGAGAAACAUAUCACUGCUCAAGACGAAACAUACAGAAGCGCGAAGACUAUUCAUAGCAAGUGGACUCGUCACCAAGCGUUCGAAGCGGAAAUCGCCAGCAACAAAGAUCGCUUGCAGCAAUUGCAGCAAGCCGCGGACGAAUUGAUUCAACAAAAACCGGAUCUAGCGGAGAUUAUUAAACCGAAGGUCGCCGAAUUGGCGGAACAAUUUGUCGAGCUGGAGACCACAACUCACGAUAAGGGUGAACGAUUGUUCGAUUCGAAUCGCGAGGUCUUGAUACAUCAGACCUGUGAUGAUAUCGAUUCGUGGAUGAACGAAUUAGAAAAGCAGAUAGAGAGUACCGACACCGGUUCUGACCUAGCGUCCGUGAAUAUAUUGAUGCAGAAGCAACAGAUGAUCGAGACUCAAAUGGCGGUGAAAGCGAAACAGGUUACUGAAUUGGACAAACAGGCGGAACAUUUGCAACGUACAGUACCCGAUGACAAAAUGGAGGAGAUUAAGUGCAAAAAGGAGAAAGUCGCCCAGAGAUUCGCUCAGCUCAAGGCACCGCUCAUCGAUCGUCAACGACAUCUCGAGAAGAAGAAAGAGGCCUUCCAAUUCCGACGCGACGUCGAGGAUGAGAAGCUGUGGAUCGCAGAGAAGAUGCCGCAAGCAACUAGCACUGAGUACGGAACUUCAUUGUUUAACGUUCACAUGUUAAAGAAGAAGAAUCAGUCAUUGCGCACGGAAAUUGAAAAUCACGAACCCAGAAUCAAUUUGGUAUGUAAUAACGGGCAGAAGCUGAUUGAUGAAGGACACGAAGACAGUCCCGAGUUCCAGAAACUAAUAUCCGAAUUGACGGAGAAGUGGCGCGAGUUGAAAGAUGCGGUCGAUGAUAGAAAUAAGCAUCUGUUGCAGAACGAGAAGGCGCAGCAGUACUUCUUCGAUGCCACUGAGGCUGAGUCGUGGAUGAGCGAGCAAGAGCUGUACAUGAUGGUCGAAGAUCGUGGUAAGGAUGAAAUCUCUGCCCAAAAUUUGAUGAAGAAGCAUGAAUCGCUUGAACAUGCGGUUGAAGAUUACGCGGAGACGAUUCGCCAACUAGGCGAGACCGCUAGGCAAUUAAUAAAUGAUCAACACCCGUUGGCUGAUCAGAUCGCCGUGAAACAAUCGCAGGUAGACAAACUGUACGCCGGUUUGAAAGAUCUGGCUGGUGAACGACGAGCCAAACUGGAUGAGGCACUCCAGUUGUUCAUGCUAAAUCGAGAAGUCGAUGAUCUCGAACAAUGGAUCCAGGAGAGAGAACUGGUCGCUGGUAGUCACGAGUUGGGUCAGGAUUACGACCAUGUGACGCUAUUGUGGGAGAGAUUCAAGGAGUUUGCGCGCGAUACAGAAGCAAUUGGUUCCGAGCGAGUGGAGGCUGUCAAUGGCAUUGCAGAUUCUCUUAUCGCCACCGGACAUUCCGAUGCAGCAACGAUCGCUGAAUGGAAGGAUGGUUUGAACGAAGUUUGGCAAGACCUGCUGGAACUGAUCGAGACCCGCACACAGAUGCUGGUGGCCAGUCGCGAGUUGCACAAAUUCUUCCAUGAUUGCAAGGACGUUCUCGGCAGAAUCUUAGAGAAACAAAACGCCAUGUCCGACGAAUUGGGUCGUGAUGCCGGUUCGGUGUCCGCCCUCCAACGUAAACACGCCAACUUUAUUCAGGAUCUGUCCACGUUGCAGAAUCAAGUAUCGCAGAUCGAGGAAGAAUCCGCUAAACUGCAGGCAAGCUACGCAGGCGACAAAGCGCGUGAGAUUACAAAUCGUGAGGCCGAGGUCGUAGCAGCAUGGAACAAUUUGCAAUCGUUAUGCGAAGGCAGACGAGCUAAAUUGGAAGAUACCGGCGAUCUCUUCCGAUUCUUCAAUAUGGUCAGAACUCUGAUGAUCUGGAUGGAUGACGUUGUGCGCCAGAUGAACACAUCUGAAAAACCGCGUGACGUCGCCGGCGUUGAAUUGCUGAUGAAUAAUCAUCAGAGCUUGAAGGCAGAGAUUGAUGCUAGGGAGGAUAAUCUAAUGGCGUGCAUUAAUCUCGGAAAAGAUCUCUUAGCUAGGAAUCAUUAUGCUAGCGCGCAGAUAAAGGAGAAAUUGGCGGCAUUAACGGAUCACAGAAACGCAUUGUUGCACCGAUGGGAGGAACGUUGGGAGAACUUGCAACUCAUUUUGGAAGUUUACCAAUUUGCUCGAGAUGCGGCAGUUGCUGAAGCAUGGUUAAUUGCUCAAGAGCCAUAUCUUAUGAGUCAGGAGCUUGGUCAUACUAUCGACGAAGUUGAGAAUUUAAUCAAGAAACACGAAGCUUUCGAAAAAUCGGCAGCUGCACAAGAAGAAAGGUUUAGUGCCUUGCAUCGACUUACUACUUUCGAAUUGAAAGAGUUAAAGCGACGAGAGCAAGAAAGGGAGGAAGAAGAAAGACGCAGAAAGGAGGAGGCGGCAGCGGCAGAGGCUGCACGUUUGGCCAAGGCAACACCUGUUACUAGUCCAGAUGAACCACCUAGCGAUAGAGCUGAAACUGACGGGGCAACAAGUGGAGAACGUGGAGAAGAUGAAGGACACGCGGCACAUCGCAAGGCUUCUACACGUACACCACAGCCUCAAGAUAAACCCAAGGAAGUGCAUGCACAAAGACCUAGACAGUUGUCUUUCCGGGAAGGAGAUGGGACUCAACCUGUCACGCCAACAUCUGUGAAAACUCCACCGCAUAGUACUCGCACGCCAACAACUCCGAAAGGAAGUGGUUCCGAGGCUGCAAGGCGUAAGGAACGAAGCCGCAGCAAGUCACCGUUCAGGAGCUUCCGCUGGAGAAAGUCCGCCAAGUCGCCAAGUUUAGAUCGCAGUGGCGUGAGUGAUGAUGAGCACAGUAUUCCUGAGCCACGAAGUCCAAGCGACGACGAAUUCGAAGGACCGUUACAGCGGAAGCACGAGUGGGAAAGUACGACGAAGAAGGCAUCCAAUCGCUCCUGGGACAAAGUAUACAUGGUCGUACGCGGGCAGAGCUUAUUUGUAUAUAAAGAUCAGAAGUCGUACAAAGCUUCGCCCGAUCAAUCGUACAAAGGAGAAGCUCCUCUUGAUCUAAGAGGCGCGACUAUUACUGUAGCGAGUGAUUACACUAAGAAGAAACAUGUCUUCCGAGUCAAGUCGCAAAGCGGAUCCGACUUCCUGUUCCAGGCCAAAGACGAUACCGAAAUGAACGACUGGGUAUCCGCAUUAAAUCAAGCGGCACAAGGAACAUCAGGUGCAAGCACAUCUAGGGCUCAUACCUUGCCAGCCCCGACACAAGCCGAAACUAAGCGGCGUAGUUUCUUCACUCUCAAGAAAAACUAAACUGGAGCAGUGAAGUACGGUGUAAAGCCGCUCGUAAUGCGUCUGCACAACAUCGUGUUUAUCAGAAAUGUUUCGUCGCUCUACAUGGUUAAAGCAACGCUAAUAUAAAAUUAGAAGACAUGGCCACGGUGUAAUGAAAUGAAUUGAAGGACGGAUUGAACGCGGGUCUUUGAAAACGCCUACUUUCGAAGAACGGAGAUAUUUAACGGUUAUAUGUUGAUAUUUACAAGUGUAGGCUAUUGAAAGUCUAAUUAAAUUUAGUUCUUCAAUGAAUUUUGGACACUUUGCAAUAUUGCUAGUUGAAGAACAAGCGACAUUUUUCAUGUCCCACGUUAGCGUGAUCAGACUUUUAACACCGGAUUUAAUUCUAUUACAUUUUGCGUAUAUAUUGUCACGCAUUAAGAUGCACGAUCAUUUCUUUGUCGCGGAAAUAGUGAAAUAAAUGAUGUCUUCUUUGUGGUA